UAUUUAUGUUACACAGUAUAAAAACUAAAACGCGACGUAAGUGUUUUAAAAACUGGGUAGACAAAUCAAAGGAAAUUUCAAACUCUAGACACAAACAAAAAGGUCCCUGGUCAAAAAAUUUCAAGCAAAAUAUGCAGUGAGCUCACAAUAAAGCAAACCCCCAACAACUACUAGUGAAGAUCAAAUUAUAACAUUAGCUCAACUGAAAACAAAUGCAUAACUACUUAUUCAGCACCAUAUAAUAUGGAAGAAUCCAAAGUGAAGCUGCAUGGCUUUGGGCCAAGUCCCUAUGUGUACAAAGUGAUAUGGGCACUCAACUUGAAGAAUAUAGAGUAUGAGUACAUAGAAGAGGACUUGUCCAAUAAGAGCCCUUCUCUUUUGGAGUACAACCCGGUUCACAAGAAGGUGCCGGUUCUAGUCCACAAUGGCCGGCCUGUGGCCGAGUCGGACGUGAUACUCGAGUACAUUGAGGAGGCGUGGCCCAAUCAUGGGCCUGCUUUGCUUUCGGCGAAUCCUUAUGAGAGAGCCGUGGCGCGUUUCUGGAUUGAUUUUGCCGGAAAAAAGGACAGGACAUUUUUUUCGUUACUCGUGACUACGGAUGAAAACAAAGAGGAGAGGACAAAAGAAGUGCUUGACACACUCAAAAUCAUUCAAGACCAAGCUUUGGGAGACAACAAAUUCUUUGGUGGUGAUAAAAUCGGGCUGGUGGACUUGUCGUUCGUGUGGGUUGCCCAUUGGUUGGAGGUCGUACAGGAACUCGGGGGCCUACAUGUUUUCGGACCAAAAGCUCUGCCCAAACUGCAUCAAUGGACCAUAGAUUUCAAACAGGAACCUGCGAUUAAGGAAAAUCUUCCGGACAACAAGGUCUCGACAUUUUUCGCGUUCUUCUUUUCUACCGAUGAGAACAGGGAAAACGCAACAAAACAAGUUGUGGAAACAUUUGAAAUCAUUCAAGACCAAGCUCUAGGUGACAAGAAAUUCUUUGGUGGUGACAAAAUUGGGCUGGUGGACCUAUCGUUCGGGUGGCUGGCCCAUUGGUUUGAGCCCAUGCAGGAGCUCGUGGGCCUACACAUUUUCGGACCAGACACACUGCCCAAGCUGCAUCGAUGGACAGUAGAUUUCAAACAGGAACCUGUGAUUAAGGAAGAUCUUCCAGACAUCAAGGCAUUGUUUGCGCACUUUGAAAAGGUGAAGAAGAAGUUCGAGUCGCCAAAGAGCGAGCAAAAGUGCAUAUCAUCUAUGGAAGAAUCUCAAGUAAAGCUAUAUGGCUUUUGGGCCAGCCCUUAUGCUCUCAAGGUGAUAUGGGCACUGAAGCUGAAGAAUAUAGAGUAUGCGUACAUAGAAGAGAACCUGUCCAAUAAGAGCCCUUCUCUUUUGGAGUACAACCCGGUUCACAAGCAGGUCCCGGUUCUAGUCCACGGUGGCCGGCCGGUGGCUGAGUCGGAUGUGAUACUCGAGUAUAUUGAGGAGGCCUGGCCCGAUCGUGGGCCCGCUUUACUUCCGGAGGAUCCUUACGAGAGAGCCGUGGCGCGUUUUUGGAUUGGUUUUGUCCAACAAAAGCGCAUGACAUUUUUCGCGUUCUUCCUGUCCACCGACGAGAACAGAGAAAAAGCAGCAAAAGAAGUGUUCGACACACUCAAAAUCAUUCAAGACCAGUCUCUGGGAGAGAAGAAAUUCUUCGGUGGCGAAAAAAUUGGAGUGGUGGACUUGAACUUCGGGUGGCUCGUCCACUGGUUUGAACUCAUGCAAGAAUUCGUGGGCUUGCGCGUUUUUGAAACAACCACUCUGCCCAAACUGCAUCGGUGGACCAUAGAUUUUAAACAAGAACCUGUGAUCAAGGAAAAUCUUCCAGACAGUAAUGCAUUGCUGACACACUUCGGAAAGUUCAAGAAGGAGCUCACAUCGCCAAAGAACGACUAA